UUCGUGGGCGAACAUUAAAAUUUUAACCCUACCACUUUUAUUUUUCAUAUUCUUUAUUCUUGCCUUGCAUUAUUGUACAUUUAUAAAAAUAACCAAUCGACAUCAUGAGUUCAGGCAUUGCACGUGGUCGUUUAAUGGAAGAAAGAAAACAAUGGAGAAAAGAUCAUCCACAUGGAUUCUGGGCACGACCAGGCAAAAACCCUGACAAUUCACUUGAUUUGAUGACCUGGACUUGCGGUAUUCCUGGAAAAGAAGAUACACCAUGGGAAAAGGGAGUUUAUAAGCUUGUGAUGACAUUUCCUGAAGAUUACCCAAGCAAACCACCUAAAUGUAAAUUCGUUCCACCUUUAUUUCACCCCAAUGUCUAUCCUUCUGGAACUGUGUGUUUAUCUAUUUUGAAUGAAGACGAAGGCUGGAAACCAGCAAUCACUGUCAAGCAAAUCCUUUUAGGCGUUCAAGAUUUAUUAAAUGACCCAAAUCCAGAAAGCCCUGCCCAGCAGGAUGCUUACAUGCUAUAUAGAAAGGAUAGAAAGGAAUAUGAAAGAAGAGUGCGAGAACAGGCAGCCAAUAAUCGACCUUAAUUUUUAGCAGCCACUGUGUUCCUUUCACUUUUAUAUAUACUCUUUUGUCCCUUUUUUUUUUUUACUUUUUUUUUCUCUUUUUUCCUUGAAAAUAAAGCAUAUACACCCAUUUAUAUAUAUUUAUGACAACUCGUGAUAAAUUAGAACGGGGAUCACUGUCAUCAUUUAAUGUUCCUCAACAGUACCAUUUACCCAUCAGUUUGCUAAGACUGCUAUGU